GGCGGGGCCGCUCGGGUCACGUGGCUUCCCGGCCCGGAAGCGCUCGAGCUGGAGACCCCCGGGUGACCGGGCGGGCGGUGUGGACCCCUGUGGCCUCCCGCGUUCCCACCAUGGCCUGGACCAAGUACCAGCUGUUCCUGGCCGGGCUCAUGCUUGUCACCGGCUCGAUCAACACGCUCUCGGCAAAGUGGGCGGACAACUUCAAAGCCGAGGGCUGCGGAGGGAGCGAGGAGCACAGCUUCCAGCACCCGUUCCUCCAGGCAGUGGGCAUGUUCCUGGGAGAGUUCUCCUGCCUGGCUGCCUUCUACCUGCUCCAGUGCAGAGCCACAGGGCACUCAGACUCCGGCGUGGACCCCCAGCAGCCCUUCCACCCCCUUCUUUUCCUGCCCCCAGCCCUCUGUGACAUGACGGGCACCAGCAUCAUGUAUGUGGCCCUGAACAUGACCAGCGCCUCCAGCUUCCAGAUGCUACGAGGUUCAGUGAUCAUAUUCACAGGCCUGCUCUCAGUGGCCUUCCUGGGCCGGAGGCUGGCAAUCAGCCAGUGGCUGGGCAUCCUGGCCACCAUCGUGGGGCUGGUGGUCGUGGGCCUGGCUGACCUCCUGAGCAAGCCUGACAGUGAACACAAGCUCAGCGAAGUGAUCACAGGGGACCUGCUGAUCAUCAUGGCCCAGAUCAUUGUCGCCAUCCAGAUGGUGCUAGAAGAGAAGUUCAUCUAUAAGCACAACGUGCACCCACUCCGGGCAGUGGGCACCGAGGGCCUCUUCGGCUUCGUGAUCCUGUCGCUGCUGCUGGUGCCUAUGUACUACAUCCCCGCUGGCUCCUUCAGCGGGAACCCUCGAGGGACCCUGGAGGAUGCCCUGGAUGCCUUCUGCCAGCUUGGCCGGCAGCCACUCAUCGCCCUGGCACUGCUGGGCAACAUCAGCAGCAUCGCCUUCUUCAACUUCGCGGGCGUCAGCGUCACCAAGGAACUGAGCGCCACAACGCGCAUGGUGCUGGACAGCCUGCGCACUGUGGUCAUCUGGGCAGUGAGCCUGGCCGUGGGCUGGGAGCACUUCCACGCGCUGCAGAUCCUUGGCUUCCUCAUCCUCCUGCUGGGCACCGCCCUCUACAACGGGCUGCACCACCCACUGCUGGCCUGCCUGUCCCGGGGCUGGCACCCUGCGCGGGAGAGCGAGCGCGAGAGACUGCUGGGUGGCAGCCGGACUCCCAUCAACGAGGCCAGCUGAGCUCCCGGGAUCUCCCUGCUGCCCAGUGCUCCCUCUUCACCCCGAGGCCACUGGUGGGCCCUGAAUGCCUGCCCCCUCCCCGCCACCCACUACGGCAGCUGCUGACUGGAAGAUGACAUGACACCUGAGUCCUCUUCCCACUGCCUGCAGCGGGUGUGACCACCGUCUCUGCUGCAGCACUAGGGCUGAAUCGUGAACACUAGCGGCAGGAAUUUACAGUCGUAGCAUUCUGCAUCAUAAGCUAGAUGAUUAUGACAGAUUAUUUAGUUUAUGAGUCAUCCAAAGAAGGGAAGUUGAUGAACAAUUUCAAAGCAGAACUAAGCACCAUAUUUUCUAAAGUAUGUAAAAUACUUCUUAAACCUGGGGAGCUGGUUUCAGUUUAAACUCUUCUACAAACUCAGUAAGUGCUCCCCAGCCUGUCAGCUCUGGAAAGUGGGUGUCCACACUGCGGCCUUGGUGCCUCCUGGCCCCAGCAUCCUGCGGGUCUCUGGUGUGGACAGCCCAAGACCAGAGGAAGUGUCCCUGAAUGCCUGCCAUCCCUGUGCCUCUGCUGAUGAUCUCAUUGGCUGUCCCCUGCCUCCCUGCCUGGGGACAGAGCCCAGGGCGAGUUCAGGCGGCCUGUGAUGGUCAUCUUAUGAAUUUCAUUUUAAAGAUGAGGAAACCGAGAA